AUGUUCCACAACUCUCGGACAAAUAUUGGUUUAGCCUUGUGUCUGCUGCUGGCGCUGCAGCAGCAGGCGGUGGAGGGGCGCUGCGCUCAGGCCGAAGAACUGGAGAAUGGACUCAUUUGGCCGCGACGCAAUUUUCUACGAUUCCGCUGCGCGCCCACCUAUACGUUAAUGGGCAAUUCGAUGCUCUCCUGUGGCCAAGGCGGACGUCUGAGUGGCGAGCGGCCCUUUUGUGCCAAGUCUGGUUGCAUACAGCCGAUCGAUCCGGACAAUGGCCGCAUCGAGAUGCAGCGCAACUUGGCCGCCGUCGUCAUGUGCAAUGAUGAAUAUGUUGUGGCAGGAAACGGUCUGGCCUAUUGCAAUGGGCGCACUUGGGAUCGCAUGCUGGGCUUUUGUCGGCAUCGCAAUCACACGCAGAGUCACGCCUGUGAUUUCGAGAGCGAAGAUCUGUGCGGCUGGCAGCCGAACUAUUCGCUCGUGCAGCCCUGGCGCCGUGUUGCCACCGUGGGUCACUUUCAUUCGUACCGCACGGGACCGCGCCACGAUCACACCCUGCAGAAUUCCUAUGGCGGACACUACAUGCUGAUGGAGACAUCUGUCUUCUCAACCGGCGCGCAUCACCUGGUGUCGCCCAUCUAUCCGCGAGAGCUGAGCCUCAAGACCGCCUGCUGUUUCCGCUUUCAUUACUUUAUGUACGGCUCGAAGGUUGGCGGUUUGGUGGUCUCGGUCAAGCCGCAAGACUUGCGUGUGGAGCAAAUGUGGACGCAGUAUCGACAGAAAUACACAAAGUUCGUAAUAUCGGGCAAUCAGGGCAACCAGUGGCUGGAGCAUACAAUAUCCAUUGAUGAAAUGCCGAGCGAUUUUCAAGUGAUAUUCACAACGACCGAUUCGUCGGCUUACUUCGGCGACAUCGCCAUCGACGAUGUGCGUCUGAUGACGGGCAGCGAACUGUGUGGCGGUGGCUCCUUUACCACAACGACUGAGCCGCCAGUGGUCGAGACCUUGGAGCCGGUGAUCUAUGACACAAUGAACUGCACUAACCGCUGCACCAAGCCGGCACCACUGGAUGAUGAGGUGCGCGCCGAUGGCAAAUUGAUUAAGGCUUGCGGCUGCGAUAUCGGUUGCGUUGAUCAGGAGAACUGUUGCCCUGACUAUGCCCUGACAUGUUUUAUUGAAGCUGACGCGGAUUCGACAACGGCAACACCUACGACAGUCUCGACGACGACCGAAAAAAAGACAACGCCAAAACCAACAACAACAACGACAGCGAGAAGAGUGCCAACAACGCUUAGAACGACAACGAAAGUGCCAACAACACUCAAGACAACAACAACUACGCGUAAAGCAACGCCAACAACAACAACUAAGCCAACAACGACAACAACAACAACUCGCAGACCAACAACUAAGAGAACAACAACAACAACAGCAACAACAAACAUGCCAUACACAACAACAACAGCAGCAGCAGCAAAAACAAAGACAACAACCACAACAACAACAACAACAGCAGCAUCAACGACGACGACAGCGACAACGUCUAGCACUGCUAGGACAGCUGAAACAUCAGCACAUCCCACAAAAUCGCAUCGUGGUGUCAUUUCCUGGACCGUGCUGCCGGAUGAGAUCAAGGGCGAGAGCGACAGGCGAAGUGGUCCAAGUCCGGCACGUUUCAUGUGGUUCCUAAUGCUGGCCAUUAUGCUGAUCGUGAUCGCGGCCAGCAUCACGUACCGCUGGAAGAGGCCCAACGGCGGCAGCUACGAGAAGGCUGUCAGCUUCCAGAAGACCUUCGCCAAGCUGAAGAACGCCUCCAUUUUGCGAGGACACCGCAACGCCAACACCGAGGCAACAGCCUGCCUUGUCACCGACGACGAUGACGUCCAGUUCGAGGAAAUGGCCGUGGACAUACGCACUAUCUCAGAGCUCUAACUGGGACUGUCAAUGUGUACAUAGUCCUCCUUCUCCUCCCACUACUCCACUUGUACUAAGCCAAACUAAUUGUUUAUC